GCAGUUUUCUUUUUGGAGAAAAGGCUCGAGUGAAGUGAUGCGGCGAUUCGUGAGUGCGUUUUCGAAGCGAAGAUUGGUGUUGCUGUUUCCUGGACAGGCCACGCAGUUUGUCGGCAUGGGACUGCAGUCCUUGAGGUGUGCUGAUUAUGGACGAACUGCAGAAGCCAGGUUUCAGGAAGCCAGUUCCAUUCUGGGCUACGAUCUGCAAAAGAUGUGCGUUGAAGGACCCGCGAGUGCUUUAGACGAUGCUGCCCAUUGCCAAGCUGCUGUUUUCGUGUGCUCUUUUCUAAACACUGAACGACUGAGGCACUCGCUUCUUCGUGCUGAAACAAACUGGGGGCUGGACACUACAAUGGCUGGCUUCAGUGUUGGUGAAAUAAGUGCGCUUGCCGCUGGCGGAACUAUCACUUUUAUCGAUGCCGUGAAACUGGUUUCCGCCAGAGGACAGGCGAUGAGACUGGCGUGUCAAGCGAGUCAUGAGCCCACUGAAAAUGUAUUUUGUCUCCGUGUAGGACUAGCUGUUGUUUCUGCCAGACGUGACGAAGAUCUCCUAAAUGCCAUGGAACUCAUCAACAAAAAUGCCACCGAGAAUACGAAGAUCCAUGUUGCUCAUGAAAUAUUCCGCGGAGGAAAAAUUUUUGGAGGACCCUUGUCAGUUUUGAAAAAGAUGCAAGCUGAAAGCGGGGCCUUGAAAUUGAAGAGCGUGAAAUUUUUGCAAGUUGCAGGCGCCUUCCACACCCCAUACAUGGAGUCUGCGACAUCUGUAUUUGCUGAAGCUGUUGCUUUGCUCGACUUCAAUCCUGAUUGCCCCUUGGUUUACUCGAACGUCACCGGAUCACCACAUGACGUUGCAAACCCGGAAGAGAUUCGUCGCAACUUGGUCCUGCACUUGACCAAACCAGUCCAAUGGUCCAUGAUCUUGAAAGCUUUGAUUGACACACUUAGUGAUGAAGCUGACGUGUACGACGUUGGGCCUGGAAAAUCUUUGGGGCCGUUGUGGAAACGAAAUUACACCGCGAAAUCCACCUUUACUUGUACACUUACAGCUCCACCAGUUGCGAAAAUGCCUCCGAGCGGAAAGCCAUGUGAUGCGGAAGAAGUUAGAAAGAAGAAUCAGCUCUGCAACCCGUGUACCGCAGACGAUAAAGAACAAACGCUAGACCCGCCGAAAACCUGUCGCCAAAUCUUGCUCGAAGAACUCGAAAAGCCUGCGAGCGUUUCCAAAGAGAAAUGCCCCUCCAUCAAAUGCCAGUUUCCGGCGUCUGGUAAAAUCCCGUAUUGUUGCGUGGAGCCGUGCGAAGCGAUGCCGAAGCCCAAGUAUGACCUCAUGUACAGUGCCACGAUCGUUGCUCAGGGAGUGGAAAACUUGUCUGUCACCGACAAGGAUACGAAGAACGUGGAUGAAGUCGUAAAGAAGUACAGAAAGGAAAACGAGACCAAGGAAGACAAGACUGUCGAGGAAACCAAGUGUUUCGACUGCACCACCAAGCAGCUAACCAGAGUCAUUCAACGAUCCACAGAAAAUGAAGGGAAAGACUCUUUAGAAGGCGAGAAGGCUGAAGCGAAGAACGAAAAACAAGCGCAAAUAAAGAAUGUAGAAGAAGAAGCGAAGAGUCUCGUUUGCGCCCCGGAACCGGGAAAAGAAGAAGACCUUGUGUUGUCCUGUGUUCUCAACAAGGACGGCGUCUACAAGUGCAUCCAGUACGUGUGCAAGGAAAAGGAAAAGGAAGAAUCCGUUUGUAGCGAAGACGAAGAAGACAGCUUUUGGAAAAGUCCAGUUGGAGACCCGUGUGCACCGCCACCGUGUCCCGUCAUUAAACCUCCGCCGUGUGAAGCUUUGGACGCGUCCAAGACCCGUCCUGGAGAGUAUUGCGAGUCGCCAUUGUCGGACUUCGAUUGUCCGUUGCAACCGGAAUUCUACACUCCGAGCGAAAAGACGCCAACACCCUCUGAGAGCAAGUGCGACAACAUUUGCUGCUGGGACACGUUGUUGCGUGCCAAGAUUGAUGAGCCGAUGGUUCCCUGCUCACCUGAGGGGCCCAAGUGCCCCACCUGUCCAGCUCCAGAAGACACUGCUGCCAGAUUGCUUUGCAGUGGGUCCACCGGGCCUGGUUGCUGGGACUCGUUUCUCAAAGAGAAGAUAAAUAAAGACCUGGGCAUUGACGCCGAAGAACUGCUGAAACCUGGACCGGAAGUCACUGUAUUUCCCCUUUCGAAAGAUUCUGACACUGUUUGUUGCAUUAUCACGACGGAUGAUGAAAAAGACCGGGAAGAUGAGGAUUGUGGGGAGGCAAAAUCCAAGCAGGGAGAGAACGUGGGCUGAUGUAUAAUUUGAUUCUGAGCUCGAAUGCUUAGUGGUGAUGAAAAUGUUCUUUGAAAGAUAUCAGCGUACUUAUUUGUAUGCCGAAAAUUUAAUUGUCCAUCGUGUCGAUAAGCUGGCGAGUAAAUAAUUAUUCAGGCCUCAAAA